AUGGACGGGCGUACCGGUGACUACCAAAACUCAGCUGAAACUGAACAGAAAAUGUUGCAGAUUUCUGUCAGUGGCUUCGAGGACAACAGCAGUGUCUCUUCGACUAGCAAAAGAAUGUCUCGUCUUCCUGUUGGUGACCUCAGCGAUUACCGUCUUAAGCCCCAGGCUGAGCAGAGAAAGAUCUUGCGGGCCGUUGAUGGCAAUGGUGACUACGGCUUUCGUCCCACGGACCCCAGUGACAAUGUACGCACGAUGAAGGAGUUACUGGCGCUUUCCCUUACUCGCCACGAACAGAAAAACAAACGGGACACCAAGUCGGAUAAUGUAAACGGAAACAAUCUUGCUGCCAAAGACAAGGCCGGCACUCGUGGCCGCCCUGCGACUUCGAUUCUCAGCCAGGAAUACAGCGAUUCGGAUCAGACUUCAGGAAGCAACGCUAUUGCUCCUUCUUUCCAAUCGCCUCUUCUCUCGACCCAGUCGCAGUCGACGCAGUCGGACGAUGCCGAGGAGUCGCGCGAGAAAAUACUGUUCAAGGGUCGACAGAAUAUGACACGCAACAGCAAACACAGUGGAGCCAUGACAUUUGUCAAGAAGCCUACCAGCGGUGCUUGUGCGCUUCCUGGUGCUAUGAGCUCUACCACCGCUCACGGUCUUCUUCCUCACUAUGCUGGCUCUGCCGCCGCCUCUUUGUCGCCUUCUGCGGGCAACAGCUCGCCCUCCAGUUCUGCGAUGCGAGCUUCGGGACUUAAAUCUGCGGAAGGUGGACGGCAGGAUCUAGGUUCCAAAGGUGCCUCUAAGGAUACGAAGGAUGAGAAUAAACCUUUCCAUGAUGGACCCACGACGGUGCUUCCCACUCCUAUGGCGUCGCAUUUCUCUGCAGUAGGGUUGUUCUUGUGGCUAGGGUGGCAGGUGUUUAAUGGUGCUGCCCAUGUAUGGAUUAUUUAG